AUGGAAGAAAUAAAAAGCGAAACUUAAACCAAUCGUAAGCUCAAUCAGAUUUGUUUGAAGCAUGGUCUUUAAAUUAAAUACUUUUGUGUAGAAAUAUAGUCGAUUGAUUCUCUUUUGUGUGAGACUUGCUAUUAAGAAAAGAAAAACUUAUAAGGAAAGGUCUAAAUUCUACUUUUUGAGCUGAUCUAUUAUGAAGUCUAAAAAGAAAUAUCUACUCUUAAUCUGGAUACACUCAUCAAAAAAUGCUUGGGCUUCAUAGAACAAGUUAAUUAAGCUAACAAAUAAGAAAAUCUAUAUUCUUAAAAUUAGGAUAUUAUUCAAAGGCUGAUGAAUAACCUUACUAAAUCUUAUGAAGUAUUAAACAGGCUUAACUUGAUGAAAGAAAAAAUAAACUGCAAAAUAUGGUCAUCUUACUUUGUUUAGGCUAUACAAAAUAAAAUUGCAAUUAAAUAGAUAGAACAAAGUUUGAAGGAAGUGGAAGAUAAUAUACACUUGAUUAAAAAUGGAUACUUUAAAUACCAUCAAAGCAUUUAGCUGCAAAGAGCCUUUUUGUUAGACGAAGACAAUCUCAUAGUGCAAGAUAAUGCUGGAAAUUUGCAAAUAUAUGACUCUAAUAACCUAUAACAUAAGUCAAAUCUUGACACAUAGUUACAAGCACAAGUAUCUUUGGUAUUAGCAGCUUUUAGAAUUAAUUAAAAAAGGAUAGGAAUUCUUUUUGAAAAUGCAAAUCUUUUCAUUUUUUAAGUCCAGUCAAACUAAAAAUUUAAGAUGAUAAAGAGAUUACGCUUAAAAAAAGUACCACAAUCAAUAAUGGCUUCCAAUAACUUUUUGAGAUUAGAUUAUAAGCGUUUUGUAAUUGUGAUUAAUGCUAAGAACUUUAAAAUAUUGCAGCAAACUGAUAAUGUUGGACAUUAUUUAAACUUAAAUAAGUAUAAUUUCUUUGAAGUUGCUUAUAAUUCUUUAAAUUAAAACAGGUUUAAUAGUAAAAACUUGGACAUUUUUAAAGAUCAAGAUGUGAAUAACAUAGAAAUUCAUACAUACAAUUUCUGUUUAAGCUGCAUGUAAUGGAUAUGCCAAAAACUCACUGAUAAAAAAAAGCUUCUGAAGUAUACCAAUAGCAAUAACAGAGUUGUAAAAAUUUAUAGAAAUGGAAUUAAAUUUUGA